ACCAUUUGGGUCAAUAUCUCUGUGCAUGAUAUUAUCCAACUUCAGUGUCAAUCCUGAGGCAAAAACAUUCUCAUUCAAAGAAACAACUAUUGAUGAUAUUCAUAUAGCUUUCAAGCAAAACAGACUGACCUCAAGACAACUUGUUGAGUUCUAUCUAAGUGAAAUUCAGAGAGCUAAUCCAAUUCUAAAAGGAAUCAUAGAAGUGAAUCCAGUUGCACUCUUUCUUGCAGAUAAAGCUGAUCAAGAACGAAAAGCGAAAACGUAUGAAUCACUGUCCAGCAGGCUACAUGGUGUCCCAGUUCUUGUCAAGGACAACAUUGCAACAAAGGAUAAGCUUAACACAACAGCAGGAUCAUUAGCUCCUGUUGGAUCCAUUGUGCCACAAGAUGCUGGUGUGGUCAAGAAAUUGAGAAAAGCUGGUGCCAUCAUACUUGGCAAGGCAACUAUGACUGAGUGGGCUGCUUUCAGGUCUGAUAAGUUGCCUAAUGUUUGGAAUGGAAGACUUGGCCAAGCUCUGAAUCCUUAUGUAGCAAGUGCUGAUCCAUCAGGAUCAAGCACUGGUUCUGCAACAUCAGUAGCAGCAAACAUGGCAGCAAUAGCACUGGGGACAGAAACUGCAGGCUCUAUUCCAUCUCCAUCUGGUGCUAAUUCAGUUGUUGGAAUCAAACCAACUGUUGGCCUCACAAGCAGGGCAGGUUGUUGUCCCAUUUUCACAUAGGCAAGACACUGUUAGCAAUGCUAUGAGAAAGGGGAGUAGUCAGUGAGUUCUUCAUUCAGACUGACAUGAGCUGGGAGGAAUGCAAAUAUCCCAACUUAUAGUUUUAGAUUAAUGGACGAAAAGCUUAAUUCGUGAACUUUGUAAUGGCGGACUU